UCUAAAGGAUUUGUUGUCAUCACGUGACUUUGUUUAGCUUUAGCCGGUUGUCUGACGGACUGAGGCGUGAAAAUGGCGAGAAACUCGGAGAAACAGCAGGGCAGACUUAACAGACUGUGGCUGCAGAGAGAGAGAGAGGAAGGUCGUCUCAGAGAAGUUCCUGAGCGGAGACCUCGGCUGUCCGCUCUGAAUUCAGCCUCUUCUGUGAAGAAGUGGAUCCCCAGCAUCAAGUCAGAGAUCGAGUAUUAUCUGCAGCAGUCCCAGCUCUCUCAUUACCCAGAGAGGAAGAUCGCUCAGUUCCAGCAGCACAUUGACUCUUUAGAGAAAGAGUAUAAAAGCUUCAUGUCCAAACUACGAGUACUCGACCCGACCUGUAAACACUCGCCGUGGACGCCCCGAGCAUACCACAAACGCCGUGCUGACCCCUCCGGCACAUCCAGCUCAGUGAAAACUCCUCGUCUUAGUGACUCUGAAGGAGUCAGUACUGACAGACGAUCUGAGGAGGGUCCAGACUGUAACAGACCCUCAGACUCUGACAGAGCCGUCACGUUUCUGACCAAUCCUCUCUCAGGAUCAUCAGAAGGGCUCUCUGAGGACCAGAAUCAGGACCAGCCCCUCCUCUUUGACCACAUGAAGCUGUGUGUGUCUGCUGCUGCGUUCAGAGGACCUCCCUCACAGCUCGCCUCCUCUCACACUCACAGUCUGACCCGCGUCCUGCAGGCUGGACUCCCUAACCUGGUAAAUUCCUCGUCCUCCUCCAACAGUAGGAGCAGAGACUCAGAGACACAGAGGAAUUGUGGGAAAUCCUCGGUCAUUGAGACCACAGACAGGACGACUCACAUCCUGGGACUGGACUGUUACUCUUCAUCCUCUGAGGAGGAGGAGGAGGAGAGCAGGUGAAUUUUUUUUUCUGAAGGGUACACACAUUUCUACAUUUGAAAUACAAAACAAUUUUUCUGUGUUAUUUGUUAGUGAGUUCUGCUUAGUGGCAGAGGCAAAAAUAAGACGAUAAAAAAUUGAUUAAACUUUUUUUUAUUUA